AUGUACAAAUAUUUGUGUACUUAUGUUUUGGGAAAUAAGUUGAAUGAAACUGAAGUUCCUGCUUAUUACACUGCCAGGUUCUUGGAGCUAAAUUGUGAAGAAGGAAAACCAUGCAACCGAAUUGUAUUGACUAAACUAAAUGAAGCUUCUCAAGAGCGUGUCUUUGCCACCCGUUUGAUCUUUGGAGAUGGUGAACAACAUCGUGAAUGGGACGGUAAAGAAAGAAACGAAUCCAGAGGAGAGCAUCAUGAGUGGGAUGGUAAAGCAAGAAAUGGUUCUAGAGGUGAACACCAUGAAUGGGAUGGUAAAGCAACAAAUGAAUCUAGAGGAGAGCACCAUGAAUGGGAUGGUAAAGCAAGAAACGAAUCCAGAGGAGAACACCAUGAAUGGGAAGGAAAAGAGAGUAGAGUAGAUCAUCAUGAAUGGAAUGGUAAAGGAUCAGAGGCAAACAAGACUCGUGAACAUAAGUUUAAUAAUGGAGAGAUCAUCGUCUAUGGUUCUUUACAUCAACUAAAUGGUAGUAGUACUCAUCAUGUCUUUAAGGUAAUUACUCUAUUCCAUCGUGUUCCACUAUCAUUCAAUGAAACCAAGGAUAAAAAAGAAGAAAUUAAGGAAAAAGAAAGCUCUGGAAAGUUCUAUCGUGUACAAGGCGCUGGAUUCGGAGUUUGUAAAUCAUUGAAUUGCUCAUCGUUGGCACUGAACGAGAUCAAUUCCAGCAAUAGAGUGUUGAUAAAGAGCAUCUCUUCGCCAUACUCUGAGAAACACUUUGACCAGAAAUGGAUUGACACUGAACUAUUUGUUGUGAAGUUGCCAGAGACAGGCAUUGUUCAAGCCACAGUUGUAGAUGGUGUAGCAAGCAUCACUUCAAUCUACUUUACAAAACAACACAAGUAA